UGGGGGCAUCCUUGACCUUGACCUUGUUGUCGACGUGAUGAGAAACAAGCCACAUUUUGGAAAUUCAUUGAAUAAAGGAGAGAAAGGAAAACGGCGAAUUUCUCCGAUGCAACCAUACAACUUUGAUCAAUAGACUAUUGGGAACACGAAGGGAACCAAUACGCAGCCAUACAAAUAUUUCCUGAAGAUUCGUUAGCUUGUUUGUUCAUUUGUAGUGUUUUGCCGGCUUUCUAUAUUAUGUCUGGUCGAAAGAGCGAAAUUCUCGCAUUCUCCCUUGUGUCCGGGAUAAAUGUAGCGAUGGUACGACUAGCGGACAUUUGGGAUAGUAUCGGAAUCAUGGAGGACCAGCGGGUGGAGCGCAUGCAGACCGUGAAGAAACACAUUGAGGGUCUCCUGAAUCAAAUGAUUUCAGAGGAGGAGUAUUUGAAACGACGAAUUGGAAACGAUAUCACCACUUUCCAGAAGCAGCUGGAGAUAUUGAGUCAGGAGAUGUCUAUGGAACCUUUUGAAUUCGAGGAGGGCCUCACAGUUCUGCAGACAGAGAAGAGCCUCCGUCUGCAGGUGGAGGCCCUGGAGAAGGAGAGGAGCGGGCGUCUGGAGGAGCUGCGGAGCCUGCAGCGGCAGGAUGAGGAUCUGUGCCAGGAGCUCAACGCCUCGGUGUACUACGUCCCCGCCGGCAGCCUGCCCACCCGCGCAGAGCUGCAGGAGCUGCGUGGGCACGUCCAGAGCCUGAGUGAGGAGAAGAGGAGCAGGGUGGUGGUAUUCUCAGGCCUCCGGGAGGACAUCAGGCUCGUGAUGGGCCAGAUGGGCCACGAGCCAGAGACCAGCCUGGAGGAGGACGCCGUGUGUGACGAUGCCGACAUCUUCCUGCUCACGCACGAGAACAUCAACGCCCUGCAGCUGCUCCUGUGCCAGCUGGAGAUGAAGAGAAAAUCACUAACUGCUCUUAGGGACGAACUGGAGGCUAAAGCCGUGUGCCUGUGGAGGCGCCUGGAGUGCCCGGAGCAGGAGCAGCGGGAGUUUCACCACAACCUCCACGGUACCUUGUCUGAUCAGAUUACACAGUGGCAAAUUGAGUUGGAUGGCCUCAGCAUGCUGCAGAAGGCCCGGCUGGAGGAGGUGACUGAGAAGAUUCGCCUGGAGCUGGUGGAGGCCUGGGACAGAUGCAUGCUCAGCCCCAAGCAGAGGGAGCCCUUCAACAUCCACUUCUGCAGCGGUAACUUAACAGAGGAGUUGUUGUCCCGCCACGACGAGGAGCUGCUACAAGUGAAGACCUUCUAUGAAAAGGCUCGCCCCCUGUUGGAAACUGUGGAGAUGUGGAACAAAAACUGGGUGCUGUUUCAGGAUUUUGAGAAAAAAGCAUCCGAUCCAAAUCGGUUCUCCAAUCGAGGAGGUACCCUGCUCAAAGAGGCCAAGGAGAGGGUGAGAGUUCAGAAGCUUCUACCCAAGCUGGAGGAGGAGCUAAAGACUAGGGUGGAGGCCUGGGAGAAGGAAUAUGGGACUGUAUUCCUGGUGUGGGGUCAGAGGGCCACAGAUUACAUCACCGGUCAACUGGAGGAACACCAGCAGCAGCGGGGGAAGGAGAAGAACGAGCGUAUGACAAAGAAAGGGGAGAACACUCUAUUAAAAGCACAGUCAAAGAGAUCCCAAACAGGAGUCACUGGAGGCAUGACGCCCAGCAAGACGAGAAAGACGCCCAAUCAGACGAUGGUGCGAACAAACAGCUUCAGCUGGGCCAGCCCCAGUGGCACCUCCCUCAGCGUGUCUGUCAAGUCAACACCGUCUUCACAGAAGAAGAACAGGACGCUGGACGUGAGUUCACGGACCCCACUGCAGGAGUUCAGCAGCGCGAAGAAACACACCGAGAUCAGCAGCUACUCUGUAUUCACUAGUACUCUUUCCAAGAAGGGGAGCAGGGAUGCUGUCCUGAACUCAACAGCAAAGGAUGUUCUUUAAUGACUGCCAAACAUUAUUUGUUUGUUUAGAAGUGGUAUCGGUAUCAAAUAUUUCCUACAUUUUAGCUUUUGGUUUUAAAUGGAUAAUAAUUCUUGUGAUUGAAUAAGCCAUGGGGAGUUCUGUGUGUGUGUGUGUGGUUUUUCAAGAAAGGUUUCUGUGAAUCUUGAAAAAGUGUAGCGUCUGUCAUGAUUGUGAUUUAUAACAUUUGUUUUAUUUUUUAUUUUUACAGAAUUGUGAUCAUUGAGAGGUGUAUAUAUAUAAUUCUCAGCUGCUUUUGCAGAAGUUAGCCAUUUCUUUUACCAUUUUAUUAAACUUUAUUUCCAGAGUCAGGAGGCAUAUUUA